AUGGUGGGAAUAAAAUCUGGUUCCGGCUUCCAAGGCUCUGCCUACGUCAUCCUUCAGGUAAUUCGCUACUGUAACAUCGCCGUUCUCCUCGCCGUUAUAUUCGUUUCGGGAGUUAUGAUGUACUUCGCCAAGAUGCCAAACGGCUUCCAGUUCUUCAAUGACGUUUCCCUGGCUUUUGUUAUCGCCGUCGCCGGUCUCCUGCUGUGGACCGAGCUUCCUAUUAACUUGGGCAAGAGAAUCAUUGCAGAGAACUGGCCCGUCAUUGGUGAGAAUCGUGGCUUCACCUGGCUCGGUGUCGCCAUGAUUCUCAUGGGCAGUCAUCAUCUGGGCGCGCUCAGCAAUGACACCUACAACAACAAGAACGUACCAUUCCAGGCCUGGCAAGCGAUCAUGGGAUCCGGUAUUAUCGCCAUCGCUUUCGGCGUCACCAACAUCCUGGCCUCGCUCAUCUUUAGCAACCGAACCAACGGUGUCCACGCUCGUGAGGUUCGUAGCAAUGGCGCAACUACCAGGGAUGUCAACUUCACCGAGGAGUAUGACAGCUACCGAAGCAACUCGAUUCGCAAGGAGAAAACGAAGAGCCUAUGGUUCCUCGGAAAGGGCGCUGCCAAACCUAAGAUCAGCCACCCCAUUACUCGCGAUGUCGAAUACGGACAGGACGACCAGCUCCCCAUCGUCGAUGACCGCAGCAGCCCGAUCAUCCCCGAUGUGAAGCGUCCCCCAACCGCACUACACCCUGCCUACAAUGCCGGAUCAAGAGCCAGCCGAUACAGUGAGGCCAGCCAUCUUGAUCGCUUUACUGAGAAUAGGAUAUGA